AUGCCUCGAGCAGUGUCCGCAAAGCUCUCACGGCAGCAUGAGCCAUCCGCCGGCCUCAGGCCAGGCUCGGCACGCUCGUCCGCAUCCUCCUCCAACGGCGUCCACGCAUCCAACCAGAACUCGAGCGCCACCACCAAGAACCCCAUCUUCAACACCGACAAGUUCGGUCAGCAUAUCCUCAAAAAUCCGCUCGUCGCCCAAGGCAUCGUUGACAAAGCCAACCUCAAGCCCACCGACAUGGUCCUCGAAGUCGGUCCAGGUACCGGUAACUUGACAGUCCGCAUCCUUGAGAAGGCCAAGAAGACGACUGUCGUGGAGAUGGAUCCACGCAUGGCUGCCGAGCUCAGCAAGCGUGUCCAAGGAAAACCCGAACAACGCAAGCUGGACAUCAUGAUCGGCGACUUUUGCAAGACCGAGCUCCCUUACUUUGACGUCUGCAUCUCCAACACGCCCUACCAAAUCUCCUCGCCUUUGGUCUUCAAGCUCCUCUCGCACCGUCCACUCUUCCGGUGUGCCAUUCUCAUGUUUCAACGCGAGUUCGCGCUGCGCCUCAUCGCGCGACCGGGCGAUAACCUGUGGUGUCGUCUAUCCGCGAACGUCCAGCUCUACUCGAAGGUGGAUCACAUCAUGAAGGUUUCGCGCAACUCCUUCCGACCUCCACCGCAGGUCGAGUCGAGCGUUGUGCGCAUCACCCCGCUCAACCCGCCCCCCGCCAUCCCAUUCGAGGAGUUCGACGGUCUCACCCGCAUCGUGUUCUCCAGGCGGAACAAGACCGUGCGCGCCAGCUUCUUCGACGCAAGAGGCGUCAUCGACAUGCUGGAGAGCAACUACAAGACGUAUUGCGCCGUCAAGGAGAUCAUGCCCGAGGAGGGCAACUUUGCCGACAUGGUCAAGCAGGUGCUCAUCGACACCGAGUGCGCCGAGGACCGAGCGGCAAAGAUGGACAUUGAUGAUCUGUUGAAGUUGCUUGCCGCUUUCCAUGAGAAGGGCAUUCACUUCUCGUAA